ACCAUGUUUCUUCCAUUGCUGCUGCUGAUCUGCUCUCUCUCUGCAGCUCAGAUUCAAGCAGAGUCUGACAAUGAACUUGGAGAAAAUUUAAGACAAACUGCGUCAACAGGAGGAGAAGCAGGAAAUGUCUCUGGCCAACAACAAACGUGUCUGCAGGAUAUCCAUGCAGUGCUGAGAGAGAUGAGCGGCGUGUUGGCUGGACUGAAGGUUGAGAUGAGAUACUUGCAGCGUGAAAAUGAAGUACAAUCAGCUAAGGUUUAUCAACUGGAGUCUCAAAAUACGGAGCUGAAUCAACGGUACCAAGAGAAUGCAGCUGAACUGCUCACCAUUAAAUCCAGAGCAAACGCAACAGAAAACCAUGUGAACGCUCUGACAAGAGAAGGAGAAGUGAAACGAGUGGCUUUCUCAGCGUCUUUGGUCGCUUCUGGUACAGCAACUCUUGGACCAUCUAACAUAGACAUGAACCUGAUCUUCAGAAACGUUGUUACAAAUGUUGGAAAUGCCUAUAACCCAAUCACAGGGUUAUUCACAGCACCGGUGAGAGGAGCCUACCACUUUGAGUUCUACAUUAAUGGAGCGGCAUUUCAUACACAUGGUACUGGUGCUGCGCUGUUCAAGAAUGAAGAGAGUGUUUUUGUGGCUUUUGAACUGCAGACUUCAGGGUCUGCUAAUUCAGCUAAUGGUGUCACUUUGAUAUUAGAAGUUGGAGAUGUUGUGUUUUUGCGCCAGCCGCGAAGCACAAGGAUUAAUGGAAGUACGUUACACCGCAACACCUUCAGUGGUAAUCUACUUUUCAUCAUGUGAACAGUAACAGUUUCUUAUUCUCCUUUUCACUCAGUGAACGUCAUGUACUUCUGUACGAGAAAUCAGUAUAGUCACUAUAUAUUUUGACCCAAACACAUAAUCUUACUAUCAGAAAAAGUGUGAUUUUCGCUUUCAUAAAUGUCUGCAUUUCCAUAACUGUACACUAUAAAAUACAGUGAUGAAAUGUUCUAGGAAGAUGUUCCUAUGAUAUUGAUUUAGAGAAGUGGAGAUGUUUAUAGGAGCAUGUUAAAAAGUUACCAAGGCUUGUUGAUUGUUCUAUCUCACAAUGUUAGAUACCCUUCCUGUAUCCAGAUCAGCUUUAGAACCCACUAACACGCUCCUUGGACCACAGUGUCCACUUACCUAUACCUGGUGUACCAAAUAAAAUCAUGUGGCUUCUGAGCUGUUACAUGUGCUU